CGCUAUACUCCAGCUAUGGAACAUUAACAAAAAUUUACAUUUCCUGAUAAGAAAUAAUUGGAGCACACAGGUAGAGACAGGCAGACAGGUAGACAAUGAUAUAGAAGAAAAAAACGGUGCCAUACAAAAAGCACACCUAUCACAUCCAUUCCACACGGUAACAAGACCAAAAUCGAAAGGCCAAAGAAAUGUUUGCCACAUUGAAAAAUAAAAUCAAGGAAGAGACUGGCGAAGAUGUCAACUCCACGUCAGGUGGCGGCAACAACAACAAUAACAAUUAUCGUUACCGCCUACGCAGUCGUCGUGUUAGCAUUAACUCCAACUCUGCUGAUGAUGAAUCUGAACAACUUGCUCACCUGCGUAGCCAAUGCAACGAGCUUACCACCAAAGUAUCGACAUUAACCCAAUCUCUGCAACAGCUACAGGAGGAGAAGUUGCGUGUGGAUAAGACUAAUGAAAUCCUAUUGGAAAGCGUACGUGUCGCUCAAACGCAGAAGGAUAUCUAUUGCGAAGAGCAGGAGAAAAUACAGAAUCUGCAGCAAAUGGAAAUUGACAAAUUGAAAAAUUUACUUAGUUUUCGAGAACAAGAGGCUAUGGAUCGGAUGAGUUCCAUGCGCCAACAUUCGCAACAAAUCGAAAAUCUAAGCCAAGAGGUUGAACGAUUGCGUCCCUUUGAGACCAUAGCGGAGGAUGUACGGGAUGAAUUGGAGCGAUUGCGACAUUCGGCUCAACAGGAAAAAAACCAUUUAACUACCACUUUGGCAGCCGUGCAGGAGGAGAACCGGAAUAUGCGAAUGCGCAUGAAAAUUGUCGAAGAAUCGCGUUUAGAGGCCGUAGGCAAAUUGAAUGCAGAACAGCAGGUUCAGGCCUUGAUACGGGAACAUAAGCUGCUGGAACAGCAUCUGGAGGAAGCACAUCUGCAGUUGUCUGACAUAAAAAGUUCAUGGAGUGGGCAAAAUUUGGCCCUAGAAACACAAGUUAGUCGUCUCUCCAAGCAAGUGGCCGAGGAGACAUCGGAGAAACGAAAAGCUCUAAAAUCACGAGAUGAUGCCAUUGAGAGUAGAAAGCAAGUGACAUUUGAGUUAGAUAAGGCAAAUGAAGAGAUUCGACAAAGGGAUAAUAAGGUUAAGCUUUUGGAAGAGGAAAUAGAUGAACUAACUUUAUCGCUGCGAGAUUGUCGAGAGGAGAACGAACAACAAAUUCUAUUUGAGCGUAACAAAUCUCAAAUACUCGAAACAGAGACCAAGGAUCUUAGUCAACGUUUGGCCGCAGCUGAUGAACGUUUUAGUGAAUAUGCCGCCAAUGCCGAGCAGGUGUCUCGCAAACUAAGGGACCAAGUGAAUGAAAAACAACAGCAGUUGGACGACACACAACUGCAAUUAGAAUCUGAAAAGGAAGAGAAAUUGACUGCUCUACUACGAAAUGCCGAAAUAUCUCAAAACGAGGAACUACUACGAAAGCAAUUGCGAUUAGAAAAAAGUGAAUGGGAUGAUUUACAGGAGCGAAACAAGCAAUUGGUAGAGGAUGUUAAUGGGGCAAAACAGGCUCUUCAAACGCUAUCCGAUUCAGCUGAAAGGCAAGCGCAAGAAUUAGCCAAAUACGAUGGUGUCCAAGAGGAAAUUGUGGAAAAGAAUAAGACAAUAAAAACAUUAAAUCAACGAUUGGGCGAUCUCAAGAAGACACUGCAAAAGGAAUUAGGGCGUAGCGCACAGUCAACGACUGAAAAUGAAUCUCAAAAUCAAGGUUUAGGUGCACAUAGAAAUACUAAUACAACGGUUGAUAGUCGUCUAAAAGGCAAUAACAAGGCCAAUUGCGUCAUUAUGGACGAAACGUCAUUUAUUUAUUUGAAACACGUUAUUGUCAAGUUUUUGACCAGUAGAGAGGUUGAAGCCCGUCAUCUAGUUCGCGCUGUGUCCACUCUUCUGCAACUAACUCCGGAGGAAGAGAAAUUACUUCAUGAUACUUUAAGCUGGAGAACGAGUUGGUUUGGUGUCAAACCAAUUUAAAAUUUAAACGUUAUAUUACGAUUAAUCAGUUAAACACGAAUUCAACAAUAAUACUAACUAAUACAUUUGUAUUUAUAGUCUGUAGUCAAUUUAAAUUCGAAAUCAUGUACAUAUUACAUACAUAUGUAUAUUUA